UCGCAGAAAGCAGCCACACUCCUUAUUACGUCGGAUGGAAAUGACGCUGCCGAUGAGCAGUAAAAUAAACAAUCUUCAACAGUUCCGCAAUUUUUAAGUGACAUCCUCUGUGAAAGCAAAAUGAGACUGUCUCUAUUAGCUGUCACUUUUUUGGUAAUAUUUAUAAAUUCCAUUGCACAAAAAGAGGAUGACAUUCCAGAUGAAUUAGGAAAUGACUAUGAUUAUCAAAUUGAUUCAUUCAAUACUGAAAAAGAAGAAAACUUCACUGGGGAACCGCCUUUUGCUAAAGAAUCCAAUUUGAAAGAUAAUGAAACGCUGAAAGAAAAUAAUGCCACUACACUUCGACAUUCCUCUCCAAAAAAGGGUGAAACUGAAACUAAAGAACCGCUGAUAUUAGACACAGAUGAAUGUGGUGAUCCGCCUCUCAUAAAAAAUGCAAUAAUUUCACAAGGAAAAGAAAUUCGAUAUGAAGUAGGUGCAAAAGUCACUUAUGCUUGUGAGUUCGGCUACACCACAGAUGGUUUAAUACCUUAUUCAGAGUGCCGUCUCUCUGAUGCCACACAGAGUCUCUAUUGGACUAAUCCAGGAAUUCGAUGUAGUCCUAGGUCUUGUGGAGAUCCUGGGUAUGUUUCCCAUGCUCACAGAGUGGGAUCUGUUUUUACAUUUCCGAACAGAGUCUCAUUUGAAUGUGAUGAUGGGUACACGCUGCGAGGAUAUGGAACACGUUAUUGUCAAACGAGCGGCACGUGGAGUGGAAGUCUUCCAACUUGUGAACCUAUAUUCUGCGAUCCACCGUCACAUCCUGAAAAUGGCAAAGUGACUUAUUCGUCUCUUGGAUUUGAAGCGGAGCUUCAUUAUGAGUGUGAUUCUGGUUUCAUUUUGAAAAAUGACCAGGGAAGGAUCUGCUCUACUAAUGGAACCUGGAGCGGGAGUGAACCUACUUGUCAAGAGGCUCAGUGCGAUCCACCUGUUGCUCCAGAACACGGGACUGUUGAAAUUAUAGGAGAUAAGUCAAGUGUUGGUAGUAUGGCCCUGUACACCUGUAAUGAAGGUCGAAUAUUGAUUGGAUCUGCGACAUCUAGAUGUUUGGAUAUAGGCGAAUGGACAUUUCCAACUCCCAAAUGCUUGGAGCCUUGCUUUGUACCUAAGGUUGAACACGGAAAAAUCGGCAGAUAUGUGAGAUACUAUCGAGGAAGAAGAUUUCAAGAGUUAACUGAAGGCAGUAAAAUUGAAGAUAAUGAAGAACUGUAUCUCAGAUGUGAGCCAAACUACGAGCCGUUUGGAGGUCCCGGCGAUGAAAAAGAAGUUGCUUGUAUUCAUGGUGAAUGGAAAGAGGUUCCAGUUUGUGAACCAGCCAUGUGUAGAGGUCCACCACCACCGACUCCCCACGCUACCCUAGCGCGGGCAACUAGAACUCAUGGAGGAUAUGUAGUAUACCAUUGUAGAUCAUAUGCUAGAAAAGUGAAAUUUGGAAAUGUUACUUGCACUUUUGGUAAUUGGAAAGGAGUAACGCCGGUAUGUAAAGACUUGCGCUGCUCUGUAGAGGAGCUGUCGUUUCCAGGACUUAAUAAAGGAAAUAAGAAGUUCUACAAGACAGAUGAAGUAUUCAAGUCGACUUGCGCGAAUGGUUACAAACUUACCCCGGGAAAUAGUCAAUUUAAAUGUGUGGAAGGUGAAUGGGAAGUUCAUCAGACACCAUGCAUAGCAGUUUCUUGCAACUCAGAAGAUCUGGCCGAUUCGGAACGUGUUAUACCUGGUGACGAGAAGAUGGUUUUGAAUGGAGAAUUUUUGAAGGUCACGUGUCGAGAAGGGUAUUCCCCGAGUGGAGAACAGGCUCGCUGUUCCAGAGGACAAUGGACUGUAACAGGAAAACUCUGUCGGGAAAGUAGCUGUCUUAUCUACAAAAUCGACAAUGGAGGCUUCAGUGAAAGAGUUGAGAAGUCAGAACUGCAAUGGACUCUGAAAUAUAAGCGGUGGUAUGAAUACCCUAAAUUACCAUUAGGUGGAACAAGACGCCAUGGAUCCUCGGUAUAUGUGUCAUGUGAUAAAAGAUAUACCUUUCAAGGAAAACGAGGAAAUCUUGCGGUGGUUACGUGUUCAAAAGGAAAGUGGUAUCCAGAUCCAGCAUGCCUCUAUCCCGGGACUCCAUACAGAAACGAUGCAAAGAUAUCUAAUGAGAAUGCUGAGAAUUCAUUUAUAAGACCAAGUACAACAAGAAGACCACUUAUAUUAACAACGCAGCUCCAGCCUUCUGAGCCUGACACAAUUUUAGACCUCAACCAGAAUCAGAAUCCGACACCCUAUCCUUCUUGUGGCUGCACUUACCGAAGUGUUGAUGAUAGCGUAGUGGCUCUAGUAGGCACCGAACAAUUAAAAUAUGGAAGUAAGGUACAAAACAACGAUAAAAUUAAAUUUCAUUGUCGACACUUUGGUUACUCUCGAUUUAAUGGUGUGUCUGAAAUUACGUGCGGAAACUGUCGGUCAUGGCAUUCUUCUGAGUUUCCGCAAUGUGUCAAUCCACAAAUAAGUGAUACUAUCCUCCAAUUUGAAGGUGACUACACAAUCCUCCCCGGUGGGAUUGUAGGAGUAGCAAAAGACAAACAGUUAUCUAUUCGAUGCUCUCCAAGAGCAAUAAUGGAGGGCAUUCCAAUGUGGUCUACGUCCAUUACCGAACAACUUCUGUUCUCAAGUUACGUAGAGCAUAGCGGACGUUCCGUUAGCAUGUUAAACAUUUCAAAUGCAGCUCCGCAUCAUAAUGGACAGUACUUGUGCUAUAUGCAAGGCUAUCGGCCGUCUACGUUUGAAAUUCAAGUAAUCAGUCCACCCUCUGUGAAUUGUCCAAAAUUUGAAGAAAGAGAUUUCAACAUUUAUUAUGAAAAUGAACAAGCUGUUAAUAGCACUGCUAUGUUUACCUGCAAAGAUCAUAAUAAAAAAAUUGAUGGGCCGAAUAUAGUAAUUUGCUUAUCGAAUGGACAAUGGUCAGGCAGUCCACCUAAAUGUAAAACUGUUUGUCCAAUAAUUAUCGAGACUGAAGGAAUGAGUGUAUCUUACACUAAUGGCUUGGACGAAGGCAGUGUCGCUGGGUUUCAUUGUUUACUACCUCGAAUUCGAUCCGGAGUCGCUCGGACAACCUGCAAAGCGAAUGGCGAAUGGGCGAAUCCUCCAGCCAAAUGCAUUUUACCAAGUUGCACUUUGGAGCAAUUAUUCGAGGUUGUACCUGAGAAUGUAGUGCCGGUCAUGGAUGAUGUCACCUCUGACACUCUGCCAUACAAUUUUACUUUACAAUUAACUUGCGAUAACAACAUGAUGCUUAGUGGGUCAAAUGUAGCCAAAUGUAGACAGGAUGGAACGUGGCAAGUGUCCAAAGUGCAGUGUGUGGCUGGUUGCGGUCUCCCAAAGACUGAAAAUUCUGAAAUGAUAAUUGAGCCGCAUAAAAAAUUUUACAGAUUCGGAGAGUCAGUCUCUUUGUCUUGCACUUCUGGAUAUGUCCUCAGUUCUGAGGUGGUUAGACUCAUGUGCUUAGGAACAUCCUGGUCAGAGACUGUUCUGCCCGAGUGUAUAGAGGAGUGAUAUGGAAAAAGAAAUUUCUGUAAAGGUUUCUUUAAAAGUUUGUUCAGAAAUCCACCUUUCUGAUGAUUUGAAAUGAAGGCCUUUAAAGCGAUGUUAUUCCAUGCCGAAAUAAAUGUUCUACUGUUAUUGGAA